GGGCGCGGGACGCUAGGCUUAAUGUUCCGCGCGUUCCCGCACCGACCAUUCUGCACCUCGCAGUCGACUCUAACGGUUGUACCAGUAAAAGAAAAGCCGCAGCAAUGGUAGACACCGCUGUACUCGAGGUAUUGGAGGCUGGAUUCAGCAAACUCCAAGCGUCAGACUCCAAGUCGCUUCUUAAGAAAUACCUCACCCGUGAGGUCUUCGACAACCUAAAGAACAAGAAAACAUCCUUCGGCUCCACACUCUUGGAUGUUAUCCAAUCUGGUAUUGAGAACUUGGACUCAGGUGUUGGAAUCUACGCUCCUGAUGCAGAAGCGUACACUGUAUUUGCUGAUCUCUUUGACCUCAUCAUUGAGGACUACCACAAUGGCUUCAAGAAAACUGACAAGCACCCACCCAAGAACUGGGGUGAUGUUGAGACCCUUGGCAACUUGGACCCCACUAGCGAAUUCAUUGUAUCUACCCGUGUCCGCUGUGGUCGUUCCAUGGAGGGCUACCCCUUCAACCCCUGCUUGACUGAAGCCCAAUACAAGGAAAUGGAAGAGAAAGUUUCAUCGACCCUGUCUGGCCUCGAGGGUGAACUCAAGGGUACUUUCUACCCCCUGACUGGCAUGUCCAAGGAGACACAGCAGCAGCUCAUCGAUGACCACUUCCUCUUCAAGGAGGGUGACCGUUUCCUCCAGGCUGCUAAUGCUUGCCGAUUCUGGCCCACUGGCCGUGGUAUCUACCACAACGAGAACAAGACCUUCCUCGUCUGGUGCAAUGAGGAGGAUCAUCUCCGUAUCAUCUCUAUGCAGAUGGGUGGUGACUUGAAGCAAGUAUACAAGAGGCUAGUGACUGCAGUCAAUGAUAUUGAGAAGAGAAUUCCUUUCUCUCACAAUGACCGUCUCGGUUUCCUAACCUUCUGCCCCACUAAUCUGGGUACGACCGUUCGUGCGUCCGUACACAUCAAGCUGCCCAAGCUCGCAGCAGACAAGGCAAAGCUUGAAGAAGUCGCUGCCAAAUACCACUUGCAAGUGCGAGGAACCCGCGGUGAGCACACCGAAGCCGAAGGCGGAGUCUACGACAUUUCCAAUAAGAGGCGCAUGGGUCUGACCGAGUACGAAGCCGUCAAGGAGAUGUACGACGGCAUUGCUGAACUGAUCAAAAUCGAGAAGUCCCUGUAAGCUUCGAUCUCGCGUUAUCAGUAUUUUUUUUUAAAUAUUAUUUAUCGUUUUCACGUAAGUAUUGGAUGUUGGCUGGGCUGCCAGGCGACACUAGUCAGCGACGUCCCAUCGGGACGUACGGGCACGCGGGCGGCCCUAUAUACUGUUUUUCGUAAAAGUAUUUUCUAUAAGGAAAUGGAAAAUAAAGACAGCUAGCGUUAAGACCA